UGCCUUUCUACUUCCUGCUCCUCCUUCUCUUCAGGUUAGCUUCAGCGUUAGCCACACCGCCACGAGCCAGGGAGUGAUGACACGGCGGUCCGAGGGCAGCUAGAUCACCUGUCCACAGGUGCUGCUUCUUUAAACACACCUGGCUAAGAGGAGGGGGGAUGUCCGGGCACCAGCAUAGCGGGGAGGAGGAGGCGGCGAGAUGGCCGCUUCUCACUGGAGAUCACCUGGACUCAGAAGGAGAAGAAGUCCUGUUUGACCAGAGGAUCUCAGGCGAAUCCAGAGAAGGUGCAGGGAAAGCGCUGACGUACGAGGAAGCCGUGGAACAGACGGGACUGGGGUUGUUCCACUGGCUGCUGCUGCUGGUGUGUGGCUGGGCCAAUGCCAGUGAUACCGUGGAGAUCCUGUGUGUGUCUUUUCUGCUGCCGACGGCACGCUGUGACCUGCAGCUCAGCUCCUCAGACAUGGGCCUGCUCACUGCCAGCAUCUUCCUGGGAAUGAUGGUGGGCGGCUACAUUUGGGGGUAUCUGGCUGACCAGCGGGGGCGCCGUAGAGUCUUGGUGGUCUCGCUGACUGUAAAUGGGCUGUUUGGAGGUCUGUCGAGCAUCGCUCCCUGGUUCUGGCUCUUCCUGUUGCUGCGAUUCAUCAGUGGAGUGGGGGUUGGCGGAUCAAUUCCGGUCAUCUUCUCCUACUUCUCAGAGUUUAUGCCUCGUGUGAAGAGAGGGGCGAUGAUCAGUGCCCUGGCUACGUUCUGGAUGGGGGGGAACAUCCUGGCUGCAGGUCUUGCCUGGUUAGUGAUCCCCAGAACCUGGGCACAUGUUUCUCUGGGAACUCUAGACUUCCAGAGCUGGAGGCUGUUUGUGGUGUUCUGCUCCGUUCCCAGCAUCACCUCAGCAGUCAUCUUCAAACUGCUCAUGCCCGAGAGCCCAAAGUUCCUCUUGGAGGCUGGUCGGGAAAAUGAGGCGAUCCGUGUUUUCAGACUGAUGUUUGAACUAAACAUGAAGAAAAGCGGGAAGACCUUUCUGGAAUUUGGUUUGUGUCCGAGCUCCAGGCUCAGAGAGGAGCUGGAGGAGGUUCAGGCUUCCCCAGGUCAAAAUCUACCAUUCAUUUUAAAACAGAGUCUGGAGCCAAUCAAACACAUGUUCAGAGGUCAUCUCAGACUCAGGAGCAUUGCUCUACUCAUCAUCUUCUACUGCAUCUCCUUUGGGUAUUACGGCCUGUGGAUGUGGUUUCCAGAGCUCUUUGCCAGAGCUGAAGACGGCGGCUCCCCCUGUGCCAACAUGCCCCUCCCGUCCCCUCUCCAGAACCAGAGCUGCUACCCGGUGAAGACCGCAGUCUACAAGGAGAGCUUCAUAAUCGCUGCCUGCAACCUGCCUGGAAAUGUCUUCACCAUCCUGUUCAUGGACAUCACAGGAGGAAGGAAGCUGCUCUCCACCAGCCUGAUGGCGUCCAGUCUGAGCGUCUUCCUCAUCUACGUGGUCCAGACAAAGACCCAGAGUCUGGGCCUGUCCUGCAUCUUCAGCGGAGUAUCGGUGAUUUCCUGGAACGCUCUGGAUGUGGUAGGAACCGAGCUGUACCCCACCCGGCUACGUUCCUCUGCUCUCGGUUUCUUCUCUGGAGUGGGCCGAGUGGCGGCCAUCAUGGGCAAUGUAGUCUUUGGGAAGUUGGUGGACACAAACUGCUUUGUUCCCAUCCUGUUGGUGUCGAUCCUGCUGCUCACGGGAGGACUGGUGGCUCUUUUGCUCCCACAAACCAGACAGACGGAGCUGACCUGAUCCGAUGACUCCAUCCAUCCCAGAACCACCAGCAUUCGGCCUCCACAAGGAGAGACUGGGGGGCUGUUGCACUUACACCACUGAAAUGGCCAUCUUCAGCUUUCAGCCAAAUCUUUGUGACAUAAACAGGCUAGAGAUAAAAACACUGAUUCAUGUCCUUCCUGCUACUUCAGUCAGCCAAGAGCAACUUUUAACCUGAUUAUAAAUGAUAAAUAAUAGUUGGAGAAAGGAUCGUUCAUGUUGCACCAGACAGCCUUAAGUGUUCCACACAAGCAUUCCUUUGUCACUAAUAAAUAACAUAAACACUAACUUUACUGACAUUAAAACCCUAACUAGAGAAGUUCCAAACGUUAAUGCCACCGUAACUUUACAACCUCUUCACUUAUUCGCAGAACAGUUCAUAACAGAGCGGCUUCAGGAUAACAAAACAGCCGCUGACCAGAAACUGAAACAACAACCUGAACUCCCCUUCAAAAUAAAACUGUAAUGAUAGCGGUGCUCUUGUUUCUGUACAACAAUAACUAAAUAAACAGCGUUUCUUGUC